GAACAAUUCACAACCGUUGAAAAUUCAAACAGCCUAGAAGCUGAUGCAUUCAGUCUCAAACCUGCCUGUUUCCACCUAAACGUCAACGCCAAAGUGGAAAUAGAUCUUUGCUUCAAUCCAGUAAAUUUGGGGACGAACGAAACUGAACUUGUUCUGAUAUGUGACAACGGAAUGCAUCGUAAAUUCCGGCUAAAAGGAUCCGGUGAAGAAGCACGUGUAGUUUUACAUUCUGUUGGGGAAUUCAUCCCAGAUUCCCAACCAAAUAGACUCCGCACGUUAUGGUCUGAUGGUAACAACUCGGUCUACACCUGCUGGCUUUCAAAACAAUAUGUACACACGACAGAAGUAACAGAACUGGUGAUUGAGAAUCUAUGCCAUUCGUCUAUUCAAUAUCGGUGGGUGCACAUGCAGCGCAUACCGGAACACAAAUCUGCGAAAUGGACAGGUAACGAAGAAACUGAGGACUUUUCACGCGUGUUCCACAUAAAGCCCAGCAAGGGUUGUUUGGAGCCAAAGGGCGUGACCAAGUUCCAGCUCGUCAGUGCACCAGUUGAGAUUGGUGAAUCAAGUGAAGCAUUCCGAAUGAUACUCAAAGACGUUCCGCAGGUUCUUCAAGACACACAAGUGUCCUGUUUUAGUGAUCUUCAACCAAUCGAACUGGAUCUCGCGGUUGAAGGAAUUCCGGUCCCCGUUUCACUUGAACCCUGUAUUAUUGCUAUUCCUGGCAGCACCGAACCUGGGUUACCUGUUCACAGGUGUUUGAAGCUCGUCAACAAGUCAACAGACUGUCCAGUUCACUUCAACUGGGAACCGAAUGAACCAUUUGAACAUGUCGCCGCCAUCCCCACAAAACAACUGACUGGAGAAGAUACCAAGUCCACCCCAGCCUCUCAUGCAUUAGUUGAGUUUGAACCACCCGCAGGGAUUGUGCCACCUGGACAGGCGAUUGAUGUCAAACUGCGUAUCACUUCCGAAGAAGCUGGCUUUUGUUGCAAGUCUUUUCCGUGUCAGAUUGACAAACUACCCGGUUCACCAUUAUGGAUCAGAGUUGAAGCAAACUUCGAGGUUCCAUCACUUUUGGUCGAAGAUGUAGAUUGUGACUUUGGUGUCCUUCGGGUUGACUCCACUGUAACUCGUUCUGUUACAAUUACCAACCCUGGUUCACAAGCCAGACGCUGGAGUGUUGGAGUCGUCAAUCAAGACAGCCUACCCGCUGUGGAAAUUUAUGUGGACCAGUCGGAAGGGACCAUACAGCCAUUCACCUCAGCAUCUGUCCAGCUCCGCGCAAAGGCCACAUGCGUUGGCAUCUUUCGAGGGAUUCUCCAGCUGCGCGCCAUGAAUGAUCAAACAAUGGUAGAAAUCCCAUUGUCUGCAGCAGUACAAUCAACCCAAUUAGAUUUGCAUCCAAACCACAUUUCUGUCGACAAAAUGUACUGCGGUGUUGCUCAUUGGACGACCAUAAAGCUGGUAAAUCUAACGCGGUUAGAGACGAAGUUCGAAUGGUUACCGGCCGAGGGUAAAGACGUGGACUGGAUUUCGGAAACUGUGAAUCCAUCAUCUGGAACAAUAGAUGGUCUUCAGUCAAUGGACAUCAAAUUGACUUUUCUGGCUUCAAAACAAGGAAGUAUUGAACAACUGAUCAUUCCAUGCCGAGUGGACGGAAUGUCCGGGGUUUUGGAAUGCUCAGUUUUCGGAAGUGUCGACGGACUGGCAAUCAACGGAAGUAUUGAACAACUGAUCAUUCCAUGCCGAGUGGACGGAAUGUCCGGGGUUUUGGAAUGCUCAGUUUUCGGAAGUGUCGACGGACUGGCAAUCAACGUGAGACAUGUGGACACGUGUGAUAUAAAGCAGUCGGUUGGUUCGUCCAACCAACGAAUCACAGUGCCCACGAAUGAACACGUCCUCCUGUUCAGAUGUAAUACUUCAGAUGUGUCCAGUAUGAAUUGGUGGAGUAAUUGCGACACGCUCACCUUUCAUGUUAGAUACCUAAUCAACACCGUUGAGAGCGAAUCAGAAUGUUCUGUAUCAUCGUCCUCAGCAAUGCCCGACCAAAUCAUAGUCGGUCCAACCAUAAACCAUCCGCCCAAUCUCAGACUCUGCUGUCCUGUGGAAUGCUGGAUUGAGGUGGUCAAUCUUACCCCCAUACCAGCCCACAUCGAGGCAGGUGCGCUCAAUCUUGGUUUAGCUGAAGAUCUCAAAUUACCCCCCAACUGCACGCCAAAAAUCAGCUCUUCUGGAGAGUGCCAGAAAACAAGGGAGGACAGUACCUUAUUUGGAAGGAACACAUGGGCAGCUGAGAAGACAGAACGGCGACUACUAUACGAAUGGUGCCAGGCGGUGAUGGACGAUUCAGAAGGAGCACGCUUAUUUGUCGUAGCGUCCAAACUGGUCGCAGAAGGAAUCCAAAGUGAAAUACACAUAUUCAAAACCAUUAUUCAUUCAAAUCCGGAAUGGACAUUGCCACCACUGGGUAAACUCCGUAUUUGUUUUGCUAUUGUGGCUGAUCUGUGGGGCGAGUACAACGAUAUAAUCCAGGUUCGUGCUCGGUCUGUUCCGCUAAUGCCGAAUAACCCUGACCCACCUCCCAUUCACUUGCCCAUCACGUUUUCGGUCAACGACUGUCCAAUUCUGCUUCCGAUGGCUAGCACAUUUGGCCAAGUGACAAAUAAGGUAGGAAGAAGUUUACAUCCCUUGGAACGUAACAUUCUGGAAUCGACGGAGGAACCGAUCACUGCUGCCUUCACCGAUGGGGCAAGUCAAUGCACUUUGAGAUUGGGAUCGUAUUUGGUGGGCAGUGCAGUGGCAACCAAAACGGUAAAACUCUACAACUCCUCGUCAUCACCCAUUCAAAUUGACUGGCAGAUAUACCUAAAUCAGGGGAAGGACGAUGUGAACGAUUUGAUCGAAUUACUUUGCUUCACCAAUCCCUGUUUUGAACCUUCACCUGGAGGGCACGAAGCGAACCCUGUGCGACCAGAUGCAUCGAGCGCUACAGAUGCAAUGGACGAGAAUUCCGAUUUGCUUGGCAUUGUUAUUCGUCCUCGUGAGGGACAGCUGAUCUGGCAGUCAUCAAGUGCUCGAGUGUUGUCUUGCCACACCCAGGAAUCCAAAUCCAUCUUGAAGAUCACUCCUGCUCAGGUGACGGUCGGUGCGCAUGAACACUGUUUUGUCACCGUAGCAUUCGAUCCGAUACAAGCGUCCCACCUCCUCAUAGCCGAUGAACCUCACAUCAACGUGUCAGCCUAUGCGCUAGGGUACUUGCGUUUGAGCAGACCUUGCAGGAAAGACAAAAACGUGAGGCGUCCACUAACUUUCCUAGCUCCACCCAUACGGUUGGAUAUGACCGCCAUGUUGGAAAGACCGAGACUCGUGUUUGAUUGGGAGGACGAAGACAUCCAAGCGUCGGCAAACGAUGACAUUCAGCCACAGUAUGUAACUUUCCAUGUGAACGUUGGGGAUAUUCUGACCCGAGAUUUGAAUAACUUUGUCAAUGGGAUGAGGCGUUUAAAUUUCGUCAGGCAGAAUGUAUCUCCCCACCCUUCACCAGAGAUGUCGGGAGUAGCAAAAAACGAUAGUUUCUAUGCACGGGACAAUGUGAUUUUCUCCCGUCCAGUUCGGAUUCGUAGCCUGAACCAAGCACCCGUCCAUGUUCAACUUCACGUUAGCACAUCUGAAACCAAAAUGUUUGGAUUCAUUCUGAAUGACGAAAAGAAAACGCUGUCCAAAACAGAACUGAAGUCGAAAUUGAGGAGAGCCCUGAAGUUUGUUCUGCAGCCACAUCUCACGAAGCGGGUAAACGUGGUUUUCGUGUUGUCUUCUGAGGACAUUUGUCCGCUAAUUGGAAAGUGUGAACAGAAGUGGGAGGAUGACCGUUUUGUAAAGCAUGGAAGUAUUCUGGUUGUUGCCAGCCCUACGGAUUCUGGCGCUCCAAACUCCGAAUUUUGCGUUCGGUAUGAGGUACUUCUUGAGGCGAAAAUUUUCCGUCCACAGCUACAGCUGUAUCCGGAUGAAUUACUGGACUUUGGAACAAUGUGUGUCGGUGAUACUAGAAACAGAGAGAUACGUAUCAUCAACCAAACUCAAAUGAAUGCUUGCUGGUUUCUUUCCCCCCAGAACGCUUCAGAAUCUGAUGAACAAUGCUACAAUAUUGAAAACGGCGCUACCGUAGAGAGCAUUUCGCGGGAGGCUGUACCCGGAUCACGCAGCACAGAACUUUCACAUAAAGCGGAUACACACUACGGCGGUGCGUGUUUCUUUCCUUCGUCAACAUCUGGUCUGCUUGGUCCAAUUACGUGCGACAAAACGGAGCACGUUGCAUCGGUCAUCGUUGGAUUUAGACCGAACCGUGCUGGAAUCUUCGAAACAAACUACGUAAUCCAUGGGGCGUUUGGUGAGAAGAAACAAAUCAAAGUACGUGGUCAAGCAUCGUACGAUGAACGGUAUCGUUCAGCUUUUGACUAAAAAAUGACCAAAAAUAGGAAAUACAGUGAUUUUAC